AUGCCGAGCAGGAUCGAAGGGCCACAGGGAUUAAAAAGAGACAGUCUCAAGGUUUGCUUCGGACAACGCCGAUUUCCGACCAGCCUAAACAGGAUUUACACCAACAUCUCGUGGGUUCCUGAUAGGAGAAGUAUUGUCUGGCGGCGAUUCGGGUUCACGGGUGUGUUUGUUGGUGGACAGGCGUGUGCAGUAACCCCUUCGUUUAUCAAAUGGCCAUCAGCAGUAGACCCCGUCCAAGACACUGAAGGAUUAACUGCGAUAUCCAAAUGGACCGAUGAGGAUAUUUUCUACAACGAUGUGGGAAUAGCCACCGUAAAGGCAUAG